UCGUAUUUAAGAGGCAUUUAUCUUACUUUUUUGCAACAUUGCAUGAUCAUAUAUCCCAGUCUUCGUUCAGCUCUCAGUCAUACCCGGGGAUAUUCGAAGAUGGCAGGACUUUAUAUCUGGAUAUUGACUAUGGUCUUACUGGCGUCGAUCACAGAAAUACUAUGCGGAUAUGAAAACAAACAAAAGAAGCAGGCAACUGUUUUUCCAUGCAGGUCUGACAGGACUACGCGCUGUCCUCCAGGAUUUCGCUGUUGUGAAGUCUCUGACGGCCUUUCCGAAUGUCUGCGUACCAGGAAACAAAGAAAGUGUUUUGACGUGGGAUUUGCACACAUAUACAAAGGGUAUCAGACCAAGACGAUAAACGGUAAAAUAUGUCAGCGCUGGGACUCACAAACACCACAUAAACCGUCGAAUUUGCGUGCAGACAAUUUUCCCGACAAUACGAUCCAAGAAGCAAAGAACUACUGCCGGGACCCACAUAAAGAGGGCAGACCCUGGUGCUAUACGACUGAUCCCAAUGACCGAUGGGACUACUGCGAUGUCCCAGAGUGUACGAAGCAAGACGACUGUUACAAGUACGGUUUCGUUAAGCAAUAUAAAGGGUUUAAACGUGUGACGAAAGACAAUGUGCAAUGCCAACGGUGGGAUGCACAGAGUCCACACAAGCACAAGUACACAAACCCGGAUGACUACCCGGAUGCGUCUCUCGCCGACGCAAGUAACUACUGUCGCAGCCCUGAAGGAUCAAGACCUUGGUGCUAUACAACCGGAAGCAAGAGAUGGGACUAUUGUGACGUUGAAAUAUGUACAUUUGACUUUUGUCAUGAUGACAAGUCUUGGAAGUAUCGAGGAUUUGCUACGAGAACUCAGGAUGGUUUGGAAUGUCAACGAUGGGACUCACAGUCUCCACAUACUCACAAAUAUGGCAACAUGCCAAUGAAAUUUCCAGAGGCCACAGUAAGCGAAGCGGAAAACUAUUGCCGGGAUCCUAGCUGGUCAGGUUAUACCUGGUGCUAUACCACUGACCCAAAUAUAAGAUGGCAGAAAUGCAACGUAAAGAAAUGUAGAGAUAUAUAAUUAAUGUUUGUUUGUGAACCAGCUUCAUGUAAGGCAAUAGAAAAUGUUUUGUACCUGGAAAAAUAUUCCUCCUACUAAAGUUUUAACGAUAACCCACUUCUUGUGAUGAAAAGACCCAAUUUUGAUGUAGACAAAUUAACAAUAACAAAAACAAACCAAACAAACAAACAAACAAAAAAUAAUAUCAACUUCAUGCCUUUAAUCAAUAAAUUUUUCUAUGACUGAAAGGCCGUAACAAUGUUAAGAAAUGUUGGCUUAUAGAUAGAAUAUAAUUAUAUUUUGCAAUUUUUAUUUUGCAGUUUAUACUGGCAGGCAUACAAAAUGAAACUGUGCUGUAAUAAUGUUGAUAUGGUUUCGAAUCUUUAUCUGUUACUAUUCUAUGCCCAUAAUAUUUACAAGUAUUUUGUUUUUUGUUCUGUUGAAUGGUUUGGUAUAGAUUAUACAAUGGCUUAUUGUAUAAACUGACUAAGACAGUGAAUUCCUAAGAAAAGUGGAUUUAAUAUGCCUAGACUCUACUAUAUAAGAGGAAGGGAUACAGGGUGCAGUAAAAGGUUCUGACCUUUACACAAUCAGUCCCCUGCCUAUAUUAGGGAUAUGAUGGAAAUGUGUAAACCGGUCAGAAACCUAAGAUCAUAAGACACGCUGUAACUGGUUAUGCCAAGAACUAAAACCAUGGUGUAUGGCAAUCCAAGACAGGUGGAACGAUAAUUUUAAAAUUGAACCAAUAGAAUGGAAAUACUUACAUAGCUGGGUGUUUAUUCUUACAAAAGAUACAUAUCUACAGUGGUUCCAAACCAGAUUGAUACACAGAAUAUUAGCUACAAAUAUAUUAUUACACAAGAUGAACAUUACACCAGAUUCUAAUUGUUCUUUUUGUAAGACCGAUACUGAAACUUUAAUCCACCUGUUUUGGGAAUGUCCAAUAAUAGAAAAGUUUAUAUUAGAAACCAAGAAUUAUGUUAUAACUUUUGAUCGAGACUUUCAGAUUGAUUGCAAAAUCUUCAUUUUAGGAAAUUCUAAAAAGAACUUUGAACAUUAUAACAUUUUUUGCCUGGAAGUAAAAAGAUAUAUUUAUAUGUGCAAAAGAAAAGGUUGUAUUCCAUCCCUAAAUGGAUUGAAGGGAAGUCUAAAGUUAGCCUUGUCAAUUGUUAAAGAAACAAAAAUAUCAGAAGAUAAAAAGGAAAAUUGGUCUUUGUUAAAAAGAAUAUGUGAAUGAGUUUGUAUUUAUUUUGUUUUUAUUAUAAGAAGUGUUAGUAAGCUGUACAGAACUUUACUUCUUCUAUACCAGUGUACCAGUGUCUUAAGGUCUUAAGUUAUACUUGUCUUGCUAGAAUGUAAUAUGACUUUUCAUUUGAAUGUUUAUCUCCUAACAUAUAAGGUACAAUACAUCAACAUUAUAUUGCUUGUUAGAUACAGAUUAACUAGUGUCUUUUAUUAUGUGUCUUUCAUAUUUUGUAUAUAUUGCACUCUUUGUACGGUGUGUUCCCGUGGAGUGCCCCGAUCCACGCACACCUAUGGACGGGGAAAAUAAAGAUGUAUUCAAAAAAGAAAUGAUGUAUGGCAAUCGCAGCUUUUCGAUCAGUGCUCCAAAGCUUUGGAACUCCCUUCCCGUGAUGAGAAGGGAAGUUCACACGCUAGCUGCUUUUAAAAGCCUGCUAAAACCCACUUCUUUGUACAACAUUUCGUUAACUGACCGAUACAUUGUUUUUCUUUUCAUAAAACAUCGUAGAACAGUAUUUUAUCCUAGGGUCACUUAAAUACUUUUAAAAAUGUAUGUAUGUUCGUCUACAUUUGUAUAUAUAUAUAUUUCCACUUUUCAGUGAUAUACAUUUCAAAUACCACAUAAAUUACAGAUGAGAAUGAAUAUAACAAUGUAGCAAACAAAUGUACAUAAACAAUUUCAAUUGUAAUAGAAGUACAUGUAUUAAGGUUUUCGCUUUAAUCAAGAUUAUCUUAUUUAUAUACAUAUAUAGAGAAAAAGGUGUAAAACUUAUAUCAAACAUGGUCACGAUUCAUUACAGCAUACAUUGCAUGAUGCAAUAAUUGCAUUUGGCCACUUACUAAUUGAAUUAUCUUAUAAAUUAAUCAUCUUUGCAAGAAAAAUGCAUACAUGAAACAACAUAUCGAAUGGCUAUUCUUAGAAAAUGCUUAUGAACGUUUUUACAAGCAACUGAUAUCAAGCGUCUACCAAUAAGCUUCUGAAAUUUUGUGUCGUUGUCGUCGUUCAAUAAUUCAUGCAAUACAUUAUCGCCAAAACUAAAGCCUCUAUAAUUACAAAAGAAUUAAUCUCAUUUAGGUUUCAUUUUUAUCACUGUCAAUUGCUAUAGGCACUAGCUUGUUAUUACAUAAAAUUCCACAAGAAUCACAGAGAAAUAUUUCUUCGUGGCUUGUGUCAGACCAUAAUUUACUUAUUUGAAAUGCAUUUAAUAAUGACUCUGAACCUAGUGCACAGUCCCAUAAAAUGGCUCUGCAAGAGACGAAAUCUAACAAAGUCAUUGUCGGUAUUCAUUCUUUCCUUCCAUUUAUACACUUACGAAUUAUUGAUACAUUUUUACAUAUCAAUUUUCACCUUUCUUUAGAAAGGAAAUUACCUAAUUGCAUAUAAUUUACUAUGUAUUCGAAUAAUUCGAAGACUAUUGAUUGUUUUGUUGCUCAUAGUUUCUACAUAGAUACAAAGAAAGGCGCGCGUAAAAAAUUCGCCUGGAUAACAUAGUAGUAGGCAUGUUAAAUAAUCUAGCCAAAAAGCCCAGCUUUCUAGCUUCUAUCUGAGAAAGAGCGUUUUUCCAGCCUAGCAUGCUUAAGCAGAUAUCAGUACGUGUUCUCAUGUUAAAACCUUUGAAUCUUUUUAGCUGCUAAAUUCAGAAAUUUGUAAAGGAGUUCAAAAUCACAGUUUUUAAGGCUGUUCCACAACUCACAACCAAACAAUAAGCAUUUGGAUAAGCUCAGCCGGUAUGACUGGAUUUAAUACGACGGGUCAAUUUUAAGGGACAAUAAGGAGAAAAGUGACGAUUUGGCUUUUUGACGAGCAUUGUUAACCUUAUCUCUGACAGUCAUUUUGCUAUUCAGGUAAAUACCGACAUGUUUGACAUUCUGAGCAACCUCAAUUUUAUCAGAACCAAACUUGAAGUUCUAAUUCUUGAACGAUCUCCAAAGGUAACCACAUAACUUUUAGAUGGGUUAAUUAUGUAUCUAUACAUACAUGUAUACUUAUAUGUAAUGUCAAGCAUACCCUGCAAGUUUACAGGGUGUAUUGCUGACAGGGCAAUAUUGUCUGCUAAUGUGGUGUUUCUAUUAUGGUAUCUAGGAUAAAUGUGCCGAUACCACUUUUCUCUAGUUCUUCGAGAAGGCCAUCAAUAUAUAAGUUAUAUAUCCAGGAGGAAAUUACUCCUCCCUGUCGAAUUCCUUGUUGAACUUUGAAGAAAUUUGACUUUAAACCGUUUGCCGCCACGCAGCUUGACAUAUUUGUAUGGGCAUCAACGAGUAGGGUCCAAAUUUUUCCCUGUACACCAAGCUUAGACAACAGCAGUUUAUUCCGUAAAGCACUUUUAAACGUGUACAUGUGCAUGAAAAGAGUGCUAUAUAAAGGUGGUAUAAUAAUAAUGAUAAUAAUAAUAAUAAUAAUCUAAUACCUAGUUUCUACUUUCUUAGAUUGAGAUAUGUCAACGCAUAAACUAUAUUAUAUAAAGAGAUGCAUUCCAUUGCCUAGACUCUGUAAGACUAUUUCAAUGCAUAGACUGUACAAUCUAAGAGAAAGAGACACAUUUUAAAUCCUAGACUCUAUUAUAUAAGAGAGAGGUAUUUCAUUGCCUAGACUCUACUAUAUUAGAGGGAGAAAUUUCAAUGCCCAGACGGGGGUCAAUGCAUACAUUGAAGCGAACGUGUAACUUGCUUGUUCUAUAAUUGUCACGCAUUAUAGAACAAGCAAUUACGCAUUUCAAUUCCUUAUGGUAACACAGAAUCGAAAACGAGUAAAUACGUUUUUGAAUGAUUCAAUCCAAAAAGCUGUCAAAACACUUGAAGUGUGUUCUGUAGAUGUGUGUUCUGUAGAAUGAGAUACAUUUAAAAAAAAUAAAGUAGUUACAUAAUGAGUGAAAAGGUAUCGUGAUUAGGAUAUAUGAGCCGCGCCAUGAGAAAACCAACAUAGUGGCUUUGCGACCAGCAUGGAUCCAGACCAACCUGCGCAUCCGCGCAGUCUGGCCAGGAUCCAUGCUGUUCGCUUACGGUUUCUCUAAUUGCAAUAGGCUUUGAAAGCGAACAGCAUGGAUCCUGACCAGACUGCGCGAAUGCGCAGGCUGGUCUGGGUCCAUGCUGGUCGCAAAGCCACUAUGUUGGUUUUCUCAUGGCGCGGCUCAAUUAUGCUAAACAAAACAGCCAGCCAACACGCUAUUUGUAACUUUUAUAUAGCAAUGAAUAGAGUGUAAGUGUAUCGUGGAGCCUUUAUCAUACCCUUUUAUAUAGCAAUGAAUAGAGUGAAAGUGUAUCAUGGAGCCUUUAUCAUAUCCUUUUAUAAAGCAAUGAAUAGAGUGAAAGUGCAUCAUGAAGCCUUUAUCAUAUCCUUUUAUAUAGCAAUGAAUAGAGUGAAAGUGUAUCAUGGAGCCUUUAUCAUAUCCUUUUAUAUAGCAAUGAAUAGAGUGAAAGUGCAUCAUGAAGCCUUUAUCGUAUCCUUUUAUAUAGCAAUGAAUAGAGUGAAAGUGUAUCAUGGAGCCUUUAUCAUAUCCUAUUAUAUAGCAAUGAAAAGAGUAAAAAUGAGUCAUUGAGCCUUUGACAUACCCUUGUAUAUGGAUUCUAUACAAUAUCAUUUCUCUCAAUGGCAUAUCACUUUGGACUCCAUCCCUGCCCUCUCAUAACUAGAGCUAACACGAGCUAAGCGAGCCACUUUCUAGUUUAUUUUAAAACUAUGCUUGUGAUGUAUAUUAAAAUGUAUUGGCAACAUGUGACUUUUGUAGUAUAUUAAGUUCGGUGAAUCACGUACAUGUGCAGAAACACUUCCUGGUUUUUGUUUACUAUACUAUGCAAUAGGUGAUCCAACUUGACCGAUGAUUAUCUUUGAAAAGGCUGAAAAUAAUUCAUUUAUAUAGUAUGUUACAACCUACACAAAGCGCAAAUGGUACAGUGUUACGUUUUGUUUCAUCUUUUGAUCAAUAUCUAAUGCUGUUAACUAUAAUACCUAUAUAUAUAACCAUUAAAUCAUCUAAGCAGA